CGGACAUCACAAUUUGCAACGCAUCUAAUUCGUGCUACAGAGCGAAGAAGAAAAAACUCACGGCACAAGAAAACCGACGACGGUGACGUGAAUACGGUUCGAUCGGGAAAAGCGGAAAAGUAAAACGAUUCCAGCCGCAGUACAGCGUUUAAUUUUGACUCCUGUUUGGCUGUGUAACAUUUGGAGUCGCCUUUACGGUCGUCGGUGGAGCUAAAAAUUAAAAGUCGAUCGUUUUUGCUCUUCUAUCACAACGUUCUUUAGAAGUAGCAGCUCGUCUGAAAUGGCCUCCACAACCGGUGUUGUGGUACCGCGUAACUUCCGUCUCUUGGAGGAACUGGAAGCGGGACAGAAAGGCGUGGGAGAUGGCUCCGUUUCCUGGGGUUUGGAAAACGACGAUGAUAUGACACUUACUCACUGGACUGUCAUGAUCAUUGGCCCUCCUAGAACUCCGUAUGAAAACAGAAUGUACUCGCUGAAAGUGGAAUGUGGCGAACGCUAUCCGGAUGAACCACCAACCGUUAAAUUUCUAUCAAAAAUUAAUAUAAACUGCAUAAAUAGUCAGAACGGAGUGGUCGAUCAACGAAUGGUACCAGUUCUUAACAGAUGGAAUCGGGAGUACACAAUUAAGACUAUACUUCAAGAAAUUCGUAGGAUUAUGACGUUAAAGGAAAAUUUAAAGUUAACACAACCACCGGAGGGAAGCUGCUUUUAGUGGUUUUAACGCGAAAAAAAAAAUGGUCGGGAAGACGGUCACAAGCUUUGCUCUUGAUGCUCUGUUUAGCAUUGUCAUUUUUGUCGUCGUCGGAAUGGAUUGUGUGCGUGCGUACCGUCGCUAUUACCACUAUCGCUACUGUUGUUGCUAAUAAACUAAUUUUACAAUGGUUUGAAAUUUGAUUUAAAACAGCAGAAGAUGAAACAGCAAAUACAUCCAGUGAUCGGUGAGAAUAUACCCUCCUAAUGA